AUGAGUGAAUGUUUGAAAUAUCAAAUACCAGAUGAAGAAUGCAUGAAAUAUGCAAUGAUUUCACACAACAUUGAUUUUGUUACAUUCUUGAUGAAUGAGUACAACUUAGAAAUCAAUAUUUCUGAUUGUGUAUUUUAUAAUAAUCUUGAUGCAUUUUUAGUUUAUUUCGAUCAAACUAAUGAUUUAAACAAAUGCUUUGUUUAUUCACAGAUUUUUAAUAUUCCAUCUUUUUGCAAAUACUUUCUUUCACAUGAUGCAAACAUCAAUGAAAAAGAUAAUCGCGGAAACACAGCUCUUCAUAUUGCUGCACAAUAUAAUUGUAGUGAAGUAGCGGAAUAUCUUCUUUUACAUUGUGCAAAUAUCAAUGAAAAAGAUAAUAGUUUGAACACCGCUCUUCAUAUUGCAGCAUAA